CUCUGUCUCUGUUAAACGGGCUAGGAGGAGGGACUACGAGCACUACGUGCUGGGAGAACUGUUCAAAAUUGACCACGAGAAUAGUGUACACCUGGGAAUCAAUUUAGAAAGUCGUCCGAGGAGCAGUAGUUGCGAUUUUAAUCGGUUUCAUUUAUCGUUAUGUCCGCUUCUCAGUUUUUGUAUGUCUGUUACAGUGUUGAUAAAUAUUGCCACAUUGCUCGCCAGCAAGCCAAUAUCGAGCAGACCAUAGUCGACCACCAACAUCGCGAGUUGAAUGAAGACUCGUUGCAUGGGCUGUAAGACAGUUGUGUAGCUAACGUUACUGUAACUAGUUAUCUGACGUGCAGUUUUUUUUAGUUUGAGUUUUUAUUGGCCUGAUAUUUAUCUCAUUGGUAUUGGUGAAGAAGAGACGAGCAGAUAUCGAGGACGGUAUCGAUUGGAUAUCCAUGAGCUCCAAUUUCCAGCACUACAGUUUCAGGAUGCCUAAUAUCGGGUUUCAGAACCUUCCUCUCAACAUCUACAUUGUGGUGUUUGGGACCGCCAUCUUUGUCUUCAUUCUCAGCCUUCUCUUCUGUUGCUACUUGAUAAGGUUAAGGCACCAGGCGCACAAGGAGCUGUAUGCAUACAAACAAGUUAUACAGAAGGAAAAGGUCAAAGAGCUAAAUUUGCAUGAGAUAUGUGCGGUGUGCUUGGAGGAGUUCAAACAGAAAGACGAGCUGGGGAUUUGCCCGUGCAAACACGCCUUUCACAGGAAGUGCCUCAUUAAGUGGCUGGAGGUGAGGAAGGUGUGCCCGCUGUGCAACAUGCCCGUCCUGCAGCUUGCCCAGCAGGCGGGAAACACCAUCGACGUUACCGUCACCGAGCCCAUACAGCAGCCGCUGCCAGGCAUGGCAAACCUGGUGUAGCGCAGACUGCAGUGCACACACACACACACACACACACACACACACACACACACACACACACACACACACACACACACACACACACACACACACACACACACACACACACACACACACACACCUGUACAAGUACACAUAUACCUCGAUCACACAGGCAGUGUCAUUGCAUUUUUGGUACACCAGAAG